CGCCCUGAGGACCAGAAGUUCCCUCUGGACUUGGGGCGCUCUGACGGUUCCUGGGCUUUCGCCCGUAUUUCAUGGAUACCUCAUCUGUAAAAUGGAGAUGAGCCAUAUCCCUGUCUUGGCGUUAUUGUGAGGACUGAGAUGACUUGAGUGCGUAUGGCACAUAGAGCUGCUCAGUACAUGUGCAUUGCCUUCCACAGAUAAGAGCUGUCAAGAUGUCUGACAAGAAGCAGAUAGCUGCCAGAGCUUCCCUUAUUGAGCAAUUGAUGUCUAAAAGGAAUUUUGAGGAUCUUGGCAACCACCUUACUGAGCUGGCAACUCUUCAUGUGACUAAGGAGCUUCUCCAGGAGACUGAUGUGGUCAGGACUGUGUACAGAGUCCUCAAAAACUGCCCCACGGUGGCUUUGAAAAAGAAAGCCAAGUGUUUGCUGUCCGAAUGGAAAGCUCUUUAUAAGGAUCCUCACUUCAAACCAAGGGACAGCCCUAAUAAAUUAUUCCCUACGAGAGGAAAUGAAGACAAUUCAGGUCUUUCUCAUGACCCAAGUCAGAAUAAUACAUUGGGCAGCUCCUGUUCUAAUUCCUUGCUAUCACCCCAAGAUGUUGCAAACGCCAUUGAAAUGAUUAUGCCUGACAACAGCACCAAUCAAAUGGAACCUAAGGAAGAGCAUCUCAGGGGUGGUGACCCUAAAUCCACCAUCAAGAGAUCAAGUGAGUUGCUUGAUCCCGCAGUGCCCAUGAGAGCUAAAUGCACAGAGCUGCUUUAUGAAGCUUUAACUAGUUCCUCCGCAGAUCAGUCCAAAGCUGAUUUGUGGCAAAACUUUGCAAGAGAAAUUGAAGAGCACAUUUUCACCCUUUAUUCAAAGAACCUCAAAAAAUAUAAAACUUGUAUCAGAAGCAAAGUUGCCAAUCUGAAGAACCCCAAAAAUUCUCAUUUACAACAAAACUUGCUCUCUGGAAUCACGUCUCCGAGUCAGUUUGCCGAAAUGACAGUCAUGGAAAUGGCAAACCAGGAACUGAAGCAGUUGAGGGCUUCCUACACAGAAUCUUGCAUACGGGAACAUUACCUUCCCCAAGCCACAGAGGGCACACAGACCAGGAAAAUACGAUGCAGACGUUGUGAGAAGUUCAAUUGCAGGGUCACUGUGAUCACCAGAGGAACACUUUUCCUGCCAAGUUGGGUGCAGAAUUCAAACCCGGGUGAAGAAAUGAUGACCUAUGUAAUCUGUAAUGAAUGUGGGGAGCAGUGGUACCAUAGCAAGUGGGUGUGCUUAUAACUGUCAGUCUUCUCUUAACAGCAGAUACCCAGAAUGAUACUUUUUAGUAAAGCGUGCCACCCUUUUAUGCUUGUUUUUGAAAUCUUAUAAACGGUAUUCUUAAAACAAUCCUAAGAAGGAAAGAAAGUCAUUUGCUGAAGCUCACACCCACCACCACUAAAAAUUGAUAGUUUGGGGAGAGAGAGCACAUGACUGUUUGCAUUGUGUCUUGUGGCCACUCAGAGUGGUCGGGAGCAGGUCAGCAUAGCCUCGGAGCCGGUUAGAAAUGCAGACUCGCAGGCCCCAUGCUCCUGGAUCCCAGUCUGCAUUUUGGCAGGAUCCCCAGGGAAUCCUUCCCUGAGUGAUCAGAGUCCUGUACUUCUCAGCAGUGGCUGUGCAUGAGUCAUUUGGGGAGCUCUGAAAGCCCACUGGUGCUGAGGACCCACCCUACAGCAGUUAAUCUGAAUCUAUGGGCUGCAACGCAGGCAUCACCAUUUCUUUUUUAAUUCCUCAAGUUAUCUUAAGAUGCAGUCAGAGUUGAGAACUACGCAUGCACAGGCUCUCACUUGAUCCUUUUCACAGCGCUAAGAAAAGAAUGUUAUUCUGUGCACUUUACCAGUGAGGAAACAGGCCCACAGAGGUGCUGUCUUGCCCAGGCUGCACAGCCAUAAAUAGCCCAACUCAAACUGCUCCCAGGUUUUCUUCUAAUCGGCCGUCUGAGACUGCCUCAAGAUUAACUUGUGAGAAAUGUGUUCCUGGGGUUGUGGGACUCACUGAAUAGUAUCCUUAGGCUCUAACAUUGGAUAACUAGAGCUUCAUUUUUUUCCCCUCUCUUUUCUCACUUUACAGGUCUCCCUUGAACCACAAAAGUUACUCUGUAACUAAUCUCACAGGGAGAAUUUUGUUUAGAGUCCUCUCACCUAGUAAGGAGUCAUGUAUUUUUUUUUUUCUCCAGGGUGAAUAAACACUAUGACAUUGGUUUCUGAUACUAGGCGCUCUUCCUGUUGUCAAGGACGUGUGUUGGGUCAGUAGGGGAGGAAAAAAGGCAUCCUAGGCUCUGGAGCUGGGACUCUGCAAACUGGACUGACAAAAGACAGAUUAACAAGAGAAAAACAGUUUAUUAACAUGUGCAGCAUGAUACAUGCAGGAGAAACUCAGUGAUGAGUGACUCAAAGGGAUGGUUAGAACUUGGGCUUAUGUAGCAUCUUAGCAAAGACCAAUGAAUUUGUAGAGAAGUAAGAAAACAAAGGAAAAGGACUUUAGGCUUUUAGGGGCAGCAACCUGGGAAGGUAAAUAUAUGGAGGAACUAAUGGAAGAUCAUGGUUAUUUAGUAAGGUUUGUUUGUGUGGACCCCUCCGUGCCAUCUCAUCUCUGGAGCUGAGAUUGUUACCGCCGUCCUGGGACAGAAUCCACAAGGGGAAUUUACUAUGUUCUGCUUUCAGACCGAUGAGGGAGGGCAGAGAGCACCUUCUGUGUCUGCUUUUCUCCCUUGCCGAGAGCCCAGCAGGGUCCGGGUGCCAGGAUGGCAUGUUCUGAUGUGGCGUACUUUGAACCCCUGUAGGUCUGAAGUUCUAGUUCUGCUUUUGUAAACACAGGCGUUCAUCUGUCAGUGGAAGGCCCUUGCCUCAGACUCGGAACCUACUGACAUUUCUCUGUUAAAUGAAUUGAAGAGAUUAUUUCUUUGAGGCCUUUGCAAACAGCCUUUAACCAAUCUGUAUAAAUGUUUGAAUGCAACAAGCCUUCUAUGUGAUUAAAGCUGAUCUUUUCCUCUUUUAAAAACUCAUAGGAUGUAAAGCGUUGUAGUUUUAACAAGUUUACUUCUUAGUUAUCUACAAAGCUACCCGUUUCACCAGUUCUUUUCUCCUAACCUUCCUAACCUCCUUUGUCAGUUCUCUGAAGAUCUAACCCUGGCUCGUAACAGCAUUCCCCAAAAGGUGCAUAAAACGAAAAUAAAUUUGUUUUCAUAUGG